GCACUCGAGUUGUGGUGGUCUGAGAUCACUACGAUCGUCAACCCCAUUCCGACUACAAAUAUGUACUACAGCCACCUUGGAAUCAAUUCAUUCGCUAAGAUGGCAUCAGAUUUGACCACAGCAGUUGGUUGCGCUUAUUUCAGAGCUGAUGAUGCGAUAUACAUAAUUUGUCAAUACAAAACUGAACUGACGGAAGGGUCGAAACUCUACGAGAACGGUGUACCGUGCAGACAAUGUCCUCUCGGCGAAGCAUCUUGUGUGAAUGGUCUCUGCCCGGUUGAUCAGCCAACAUCAGCGCCACCAGGUUAA